UCCUCUUGCCGGCCUUUUGCCAGGACAUUGUACGGAACGCGCCGAGGAACAAAAAAGCACUGGUUGGGCAGGUGGGAGAUGAAACGCGGCUUUCUUCCAAGAUGGAAGGGCUCGGGCCCGAGCAGGAAGAGGGCUCGAUGGAGGGGCAGCUACAGCCUGAAAAUAUUCCUAUUAGUGAGGUGCAGGAGCAUUACGAAGAACCUAUAGUCACCUCUCCUUCAUCUGGACCUCAGUCACAACUCCUUCGAAUGGUAUUGGCCAUGGACGAAGAAAUAGAAACAGCUUAUGAUGACUCACCUGUGGAAACCCUUGGAAAUUUGAUUAUUCAAAAUAAAAUCGAGUUUCCACGUGGUUUGGUCAGAUCAGUAGAAACAAUUACGCAGCCUCAGGAACCAGCACAUGAGGGGGCGAUACAUGAGGAAGCAGGACAUGAAGAAGCAGAACAUGAAGAAGCAGCACAAGAGAUAGUGAUACAUGAAGAAACUGCACAUGAGGAAGCAGAACAACAGGUGGCCCCACCAGCUACAACCACAGAGGAGGAAUUCCCAGAUGAGCCCAUUCCUGAGGUAUAUCAAGACCCCUUUGAGGUUUCUCUUCAAUACAUGGAGAAACAUAACAUUCUGCAGGUAUUUCAGGAGAUCACUGAAAACCUGGUGUAUGAGAAGCCCGAGGAACCACUAGAGUUCAUGUUGAAACAGGUUCAAAAUAUGAUAGAAACUAGGAAAAUGGCUCGAGCAUUGGAAGAAGAAUUGUGAAAGGUGAUGAUGUAUCCGCUCAAGGAUUCCUUAGACAUCUACAUGGUGCACCGUGUUCAAGCACUGCCCUCAUUUAUGCUCUAUAUAUGCAAACUAUAUAUGUUUACAGUGUCAGAGAUAACUCAUUCCCUCUACUCUGAGUAGUGUGUUGGAUUGUCUAAAAGGAUAGAAAAUGUGCUGUUUCUUGGGAGUAUACAUAUUCACAUGAAUUUCAGGAAAAAUAAUUACUGAGAAUCUGAAAUAUCCAUAAAGUGGUUUUAAGGUUUCUGUGGCAGAAACCCUAAAGCCACUUCAUUUCUUUUGACUAUAAUCAUUUCUCUUCACAACUACAACUGGAUAAUGCCAUUCCUAAAGAAUGUCCAAAUUUCAGAUUACAGCUAUGAUUUCACAAAGUGAAUUAUUCCACAGAAAAUAAUAAACCCUGCUUGUAUGUAAAAAGCCUAAAUUUCAGGAAGAAGUCCCUUCUUCCUGGAACAUUAAUUUGUUGUAUGAGAACACGAUUAUUAUUUUUUAUGGAGAAAUCUUCACACAUGUUAUCUAGUACACCCAACAGCUGUCUGACUUUUUGUUAUGAAUCAUAAGUUAAGUUAGAUCAUAACUUAAUUCAGUUGUGUAUGUUGCUCACACAAAUACUUGCAAGUAAAUAUUUUGGGGAUCAAUAUGCAAAUCUCCAACAGGGAAGCAAUAUGGUUCCCUUAGCUUGCUGAUUUUGCUGUCAGUUGACUCAGAAUGAGAAGUAUGUUUCUGGACAUCACAGAAACCAGUUUUGUUUAUGUGGCUACUUCUGAAUUCUAGACCUGAAAUUCAUGAAAGGCUAUUUAAGUACAACCAAAAUGACACCAUUAAAGAUUGUUUUGUCUAAUUCAAGGGAGGGGGCUGUUUCGAACUCGGGGACUGGAUUGGCUCUUGGGUUGGCUGGCAGGAUGGUUACAAGUGAGACUCUUCUGAUAUUAUUUGUCACCAUGCUCUCCCUGGUGUCUUAUUUUCAGUAACUCCAUGUAUUUGCCUUACAUAGGCUAUUUUGUGUGCCUCUUACAGUCCUGCUGAAUAUUAAAAGGCACACAAUCUUAAUAUUUUACUGAUAAGUAAUAACACAGGGAUUUACCCUGCCCCAUGCCUUCCUAACUUGAACCAUCAAGUUAUAUCCAGUUAGCCCAAUGAAAUUCAUCUAAGUUCCUGACAAUCCAUUUUAUGCCUCCUGCUAUUGUGAUUUAUGGUCUAAAGAAGUCUACUGAUUUUUUUAUUGGUGGUUUCAGUAAGGGAUGGGUUCCUGUGUCUUCAAAAUGUUCAAGAGCAAAUAAUAACAUGUAUAGUGGAUUGGAGUUUCUUUGCAGAAAUUUUUUUGAAGGAAACUAAGAAUGACUCUGAUAUCAUAAGCAGUGCUCAGCUCUUUAUGUACAGUUACUGAUCAUGUGCCUAUAAAAGAUGUCGAUUCUACUGAAUAAAUGCAUUUUGCUAUA